AUGACACGCCGACUUGUUCGAGCGGGCGUGCAGCUCGCGAUUUUCGCAUCUUUCAUCGCCCUUCUCGUCGUGACCUUGGACAACAGGUUCCGUGUCCUUCCUGCCUCCAUCCACGGCCAUCUUCCAUCCCACUAUGCUGGCUUCGCCAUCACCGAUGUCACCGUUGUGACUUGUUCUUCCAUCAACGUUUUCUCAAACUGUCAACCUAGCCAGGAGUCCUGGUCCCAGGUCGAGAAAGACCUCUACCUUCGCACCGGCUGGACCUCAAGCGCAUUUGUUCGAUUUGAGCGAAAGAAAGAGGAAGAACUGCUUCCUACAGACAAGGUUGUUAUUGACCUUAAGAUUAGCCGACUUGUUCCCGAGUAUUCGGAGGAUCCUGAGGCCCAGGCAGAGACAUGGGAGCAAAGACCCGGUGGUAUCUGGCUCAAGCGAACCGCUAAGCGCCACGCGAGUGACUCUGGAAAAGCAAUCACCGCUAUCGAUGUCCUCUUUGGUGCCGAUGCAGUCGAUCCGCGAAUUGGCUGGGAAGUCAGGGAUACUCCAUUGCUACUGGAUAGCCGUACGGAGGAACUGGAAACUCGAAUCAGCGUCCGUCGGGGAGAUCCUCCCAAAACGAAGAAACCGGUGCCCAGGAUAAACGAGAAUGGGCGCUUCAAGAUCAUGCAGCUGGCUGACUUGCAUCUGAGCACCGGCCUAGGGGCUUGCCGUGAACCCGUCCCGGCUGAACCCGUUCCAGGGCAGAAGUGUGAAGCCGAUCCUCGGACGCUAGAGUUCGUGGAAAGGCUUCUAGACGAAGAGCAGCCUGAUUUUGUUGUAUUAAGUGGCGACCAGGUUAAUGGUGAGACGUCGAGGGAUGCUCAGAGUGCUCUUUUCAAGUCCGUUAAACUCCUUGUUGAUCGCAAGAUACCCUACGCGGCCAUUUUCGGCAACCAUGAUGAUGAGGGUAACCUGAAGCGACCGGAGCUUAUGACUAUCUUGGAGGAUUUGCCGUACUCUUUAUCUACUGCGGGCCCCGAGGAAAUCGACGGAGUCGGAAACUAUUAUGUCGAGAUUCUUGGCCGCGGAAGCACCACCCACUCAGCGCUAACCCUUUACCUUUUGGACUCACACUCGUACUCUCCUGAUGAGCGGAAUUAUCGCGGGUAUGACUGGAUCAAGCCGAGUCAGAUUCGGUGGUUUAAGAACACGGCCCAAGGGCUGAAGACCAAGCACCAUGAAUACACCCACAUGCACAUGAACAUGGCUUUCAUUCACAUUCCAUUGCCGGAGUAUCGUGAUCCCAAUAACUACUACCGGGGUAACUGGACAGAAGCUCCAACAGCGCCGGGCUUUAACUCGGGCUUCAAGGAUGCCCUCGAGGAAGAGGGUAUCCUGUUCGUGAGCUGCGGACAUGACCAUGUCAAUGACUACUGCAUGCUCAAUCGAGAUAACGAGGAAAAGCCGUCCCUGUGGAUGUGCUAUGGAGGAGGCGCUGGUUUCGGCGGGUACGGAGGAUACGGGGGUUAUGUGCGCCGCGUGCGGUUCUAUGAUUUUGACAUGAACCCUGGCCGUGUGGUGACAUACAAGCGGCUGGAGUAUGGCGAGACGGAAGCCAAAAUUGAUGAGAUGAUGAUUAUCGACGGUGGCAUUGUCAAAGGGCCCGAACAAGAAAAGUGA